GGCGGUUGCCGGGCUGCAGGGAGUUAAAAUACAGGGGGAGUCUGAACGAGUCUAAGUAGUGGGGCGCGGGGAGUGCACACGAGUGGGAGUGAUGGGCCACUCGGCGCGUUGUACCUGCUCUCCCAUUCAAUAAUCUCACGGGUGGUCAUUUGACUCAGCCGUGAAAUAUCCGCCCCCCCAAAAAAAACCCUCCAUCUUGAACAGUGACUCAGUGACUUGGGUAGAGAACUACAAAGACUUGGCUUUGUAUUGCUAUUCUGCAGGACCAGGCGCUGGCCUGGCAGUUCUGGCCAGAGGAAAUGUGAUCAACAGCUUUCCUCCAGUUACGCUUCAUCAGAAUUUUGCAAGUUUUAAUGAGAAUCUCUCAUUAAAAGUUAGAGGAGUUUCUUUUAAUCUCUGGAGCUCUUCCACGAACUCCUUGUUUAAUGGUAUUGGUCCAUGGCAUAAAAAAAAGGUCGGUAACCCCUGGCCUAGAGGGUACCUGGGCAGUCAAAGUGAGCUAGUUGAACUCCCUCCAUAUAUGAGAGUUACCGAAACAGCGAACUAUGCAUUUUUGGGAGCGCAGAGAUCGUUCUUCAGAGUAUCUCUUUUGUAUAACGGCGGACGCUAGGACCCAGGUUGCGCAGACUUUAUUUUUCUCUCUAUGUGUGUGUCUGUGGGUCCUGGCUCCCUAUUUAGAAAUGCAAAUCUACCCCAGCAGUUAAAAAAAUCCACAUGCACCCGAAAUAUAGUGUGUAUGUGUAUAAAUCUGCAAACGGACCGGUCAGAGGCGCUUCUUCAGAAAUUAACAGCAAACCAGGAGCAGGGUGGCAGAUCGCUUGUGUGGGGAGGUGGCGAGGGACAGCGAUUUAGAGAGAGAAAAAAACAUUAUUGCAAAGUUUUAUUUGCAGUACGGGGUGGGUGUGUCGUGCGCACAAAUUAAUCGGGAGCAAAACCAGGAGGCAAGCAGAGCGAGGAAUGUGAAGGAGAAAUCGAGACACGGGGCGGGAGAAGGACUGAUUUUUUAUUUUUGCAUGUGAUAUAUUUUUUUGCAAUGGCGAACCCUGCAGAGGAUUGCCUGGACGGCGACGUGAGGAAGUGCGGGAAUCUCCGCAAGUGCAAGAGCCUGCACCGCAGGUACUUCGUGCUGCGGGCGGCGAGCGAGCGCGGCGCGGCCCGGCUCGAGUACUACGAGAGCGAGAAGAAGUUCCGACGCGGGGGCGCGGGUCCGAAGCGCGCGCUGCCGCUUCACAGCUGCUUCAACGUUAACAAGCGCGCCGACUCCCGCAGCAAGUACCUGCUGGCCAUCUACACCCGCGACGAGUGCUUCUCCGUGGCGGCCGACAGCCCGCAGGAGCAGGACAGCUGGUACCAGGCCAUCGUCGAGCUGCUGGCCCCAGGUAAAGGCCACGUGGAGAAUGGAGACUCUAACUACUCUGUGGCACCCGGCCCAGCUUUCAAGGAGGUCUGGCAGGUCAAUCUCCGCCCUCGGGGCCUGGGCCAGUCACGGAACAUGAGUGGCAUUUACCGGCUGUGCCUGACCGAGAAGACUAUCAACUUGGUGAAGCUCAACUCUGAUGCCGCGGCCGUGGUGCUGCAGCUGAUGAACAUCCGCCGCUGCGGCCACUCGGACAACUUCUUCUUCGUGGAGGUGGGCCGCUCGGCCGUCACGGGGCCCGGCGAGUUCUGGAUGCAGGUGGACGACUCGGUGGUCGCCCAGAACAUGCACGAGACCAUCCUGGAAGCUAUGAAGGCCAUGAGCGAGGAGUUUCGGCUGAGGAGCAAGAGCCAGUCGUCCAGUUCCAACCCUAUAUCUGUGCCCACCAGGCGGUACCACCUGGCCAACUUGCCACCCAGCCAGGUGGGUUUCUCCACCAGGAGGAGCAACGCCACCUCGCCAGCCCAGCGCAGCAACUCGGCCAGAGCGCGGACCUCGAGUGACGGCAGCGGAGCCUCUUCUUCUUCCUCCUCCUCCCGCCCUGCGUCGGCUGAUGAAGUCCCUGCUAGCCCCUCCCCUGGUACUGGGUUGGUCCCCUCCCGGCAGGGGAUGAGCAAAGCCCACCCACCGCUAGGCCAGACCAGGUCUACCCCUGACCCCUACUCCCGGCGCUCUCCCUGUGCCGCAGGCCUGGUUUUCGGCUUGACUGCUGACCGCGGCUUCUCCUCCCCCUCUGCCUCCUCCUCCCCACCGUCUUCGUCUGACGGCGAGGGGGAGCUGGGCUCCAGCCCCACGCGCUUCCCACUGGAUGGCCCUCCCCGGGACUACGUGGCACUGUGCAGGCCAGCUCCAGCUGAGGCGGGUGCCCUGCCACGGCGGGUGCUAAGGCGAGCUUGCAGUCAGGGCGAGGAGGAGCUGGGGGAGCGUGGCCCGAGCAAGCAGGCCUUAGCAGGCAAGGGAAAUUGGCGAACCUCCAGAACACCUGAGCCAGCAGAGGGAGCCUGCAAGGAUGUUGUAGACAAUGGGUACAUGGCCAUGCUGCCCGGGGUGGUGCCUGCUCAGGGCCAGGGAGGAGAUUACGUGGCCAUGAACCCAAAGGGUGCCUCGGCUCCCCAGCAGAUUCUGGGCCCCCGGCCUGAUGACCGCUGUGGAGGGGGCUACAUGCUCAUGUCGCCCAGUGGGAGCUGCUCCCCUGAGGACUGGUCCCGAGCAGUCGAUCGGAAAUUGGGCCUGGGAGAUGGAGUAGGGGACUACAUGAACAUGUCACCCGGCAGCCGCUCGGCCUCCAGUACACCUCCAGAGAGCCCCCAUGCCCCACUCCCUCCCCGCGCAGAGCAAGGCGAGCUCCCGGACACCUCUCGCCAUGGCUUCCGCUCACUGCCCCGCUCCUACAAACAGCCAGCCCCUGCCGGCUCCUGCGGCCAGCUCUCCUGCUCCUCUUCCUAUUCCACAGGAGGCAGCAGUGACAGCCUGGGGGAGGUGGAAGGGCGGCGUCUUUCCUCCGUGUCUGCCUCUGGCCAGCAGGCUCACAGGCUGGGCAGGAAGGGUGGGUGCCGCCCGACUGGUCUCUCUAUUGACGUGGCCAAAGCAAAUACCCUGCCACGCCGGCGUGACAGCCCGGAGCCCCAGAGCCCGGGGGAGUACGUCUGCAUUGAGUUCCGGGAUGGGACCCGCACCACCCGGACUCUGCCCAGUCCUGGAUCCCGAGCCGGUGUUUUCCAGCACCUGCCGGCACCAGCCUCCGAGUACGUCAAUGUGGGACCCAGCAAGGCACCGCGCGGGGAUCACACCAUCAGUCCUUCUCCCAAAAGCACCCUGGAGCCCGCUGGCGUGUCGGAACUGAGCCCUGACCGCCACCGAGGAGCCAGGGUGAUCCGCGUCGAUCCUCAGGGGAGACGACGCCACUGCUCCGAGACCUUUCUGCCCACGUCCCCUGCACCUCCUCCCCCUGUGCCCUCCGCCGACCACGCCAGGCGCUGUGGCUCGGCGUCCUUUGAGAAUGUCUGGCCAGUAGAAGAUGGCAGGGGUGGGAGUGUCACCGAGGAGCCGUGCACGGGGAUGUCUCGUCACAUGUCGAUUGGCUUCGAGAAUGGCCUGAACUACAUAGAUUUGGAUCUGGGUACAGACAGCAGCCAGUCAGAACCAUCAACUGCGCAGCAGAGGCUUUACGCACAAGCAAACAGCAGUCCUGUGUUGAAUGCUUAUGCCAGCAUUGACUUUCACAAGUCCGAGGAAUUACGAAGCCAUAAAAGUAACAAAGAAGACUUCUUCCCUGCAAGUCUUGGUGCUGUCAGUGACGAGCAUGGUGAAAGUUUCACCAGGACAUUGCGGUCAUGGAGAAACAGUAUCAGGGGAACUGGAAUCCAUCAAUACUGGCUGAUUAUUGUUGGACACUAAAGCAAGAAGCCUCAGACACUUUGACUACAAAUGAAAGUCAUCAACAAAACAUUUUUAGCGGUUAGUUGAACUAUUGCAAAGCAUCAGCACUGGUAUGCAAUAAAAUGCAUUAUAUUCAAUAAAAGUUAAUCUCUUGUUUCUCCAAAUUCCUAUCUGAUGCAAGAAGUCUUAAAUUUAUAUUUGUGUUCAGCUUCAAGCGGUCUACCAUAAACAAAAAAAAAUUCUGAGGAAGUAACACUUCUGAAAAAAAUGGUUGCCCAGUGAUAUCAGGAGUGAAUGAGAAGAGGUUUUAUUAAAUGGAGUUUUCCUCAACAGCUAUUAUCCCUUGUAAUAGGAGUGGUGAAUGGGGGAGGUUUGAUUUUAAGAUUCUGUGUGAUGAGAGAAGAAGAAAAUAUCUGUUCUUGUUGAAUGUUUUUAGAAUGGGGAGAGAAACAAGUGGAUGGUGUUUGAUGGAAUUUUAAACAAGGCUUGUUUCAGUGGAAUUCUGUACACUUAGCAUGUCUGAGGAAUUUACUCCUGAGGUCUCUUUGCUAUUUGAUCCAUUAGGUUUCUCCGUGAUGUAGAUCUAGGAUAAAUAAGGAGAGCUAUGGGCAGAGAGAUUAUUUCAUGUGGGUAAAACAGAAAGGAAUAGACAGAGAUGGGUAGAAAAAAUCGUAAAUUUGGAUGAAUCACAUUAGAGAGUCUGCCAAUGCUGAAAAAUCCAAAGCAACGCACAGAAAACGCUGGAGGAACUCAGCAGAUCAGGCAACAUCAAUGGAAAUGAAUAAACAGUUGAUGUUUCGGGCCAAGUUCCUUCAUCAAGACUGAAAUGGAAGGGGAAGACACCAGAGUAAAAAGGUGCAGGGCAGAAGGAGGCUAGCUGGAAGGUGAUAGGUGAAGCCAAGUGGGUGGGAAAGGUAAAGGGCUGGAGGGGAAGGAAUCUGAUAGGAGAGGAGAGUGGACCACAGGAGAAAGGGAAGGAGGAGAGGACCCAGGGGGAGGUGAUAGGCAAAUGAAAAGAGGUAAGAAGCCAGAGUGGGUCAGAGAAGAAGAGGGGAGAGAAUGGGGAAAAAAUUUUACUGGGAGGGGAAAUGGAUACUCGUGCCAUCAGGUUGGAGGCUACAGAGAUGGCAUAUAAGGAGUUGCUCCUCCACCCUGAGGACAGCCUCAUCUUGGCACAAAAGGAGGCAAUGGACUAACAUGUCAUAAUGGGGGUGGGAAGCAGAAUUAAAAUAUUUGGUGACAGGGAAGUUCCGCUUUUGGUGGAUGGAAUGGAGGUGCUUGAUAGAGCAGACCCUCGAUGACAGUUCUCACCAAAUUUGAGGAGGCCUCAUUGGGAGCACUGGACACAAUAGAUGACCCCUGCAGAUCUGAAAUGCUGCUUCACUUGGAAGGACUGUUUCGGUCCCUGAUUUGAGGUGAGGGAGGAGGUGAAUGGGUAGGUGUAAAUUUCAAUGCAAGCUUAUCGAAAUCGAGUUUGGGAGAGUGCGUGGGUGAGAGCAGUAGAUGGAGAUAGGUAGAAGAGAGAGAGGUUGAAAGAAAACACCCCAGCAAAGCACAGGAUCAGAAUCAGGUUUAUUAUCACCGGUGUUAUGUCAUGAAAUUUGUUAACUUUGCGGCAGCAGUACAAUGCAAUACAUGAUAAUAUUUUAAAAAACUGAGAAUUACAGUUAAAAAUAUAUAUAACAGUUAAAUAAGUAGUGUAAAACAGAAAAAAAUAUGGAAUAUUCAUGGUUUCAAUGUCCAUUCAGAAAGCUGAUAGCAGAAGGGAAGAAGCUGUUCCUGAAUGGUUGAGUGUGUGCCUUCAGGCUUCUGUACCUCCACCCUGAUGGUAACAAUGAGAAGAGGGCAUGUACUGUGUGACGGGGGUCCUUAGUGUUGGGCGCUGCAUUUUUGAGGAAUCGCUCACUGAGCAUGAUUUGAAUACUAUGGAAGCUGGUGCCCAUCUUGGAGCUGACUGAGUUUACGACUCUGUGCUGCUUACUUCGAUCGUGUGCAGAAGCCCCACCCCUAUACCAGGCGGUGAUGCAGUCAGUCAGAAUGCUCUCCAUGAUACGUCUGUAGAAAUUUGCAAGUGUUUUAGGUGACAUACCCAGUCUCUUCAAACAUCUAAUGAAAUACAGCUGCUGUCUUGCCUUCUUUAGAGUUGCAUCGAUAUGCUGGGACCAGGUUAGGUCCUCAGAGACAUAAACCCCAAGGAACUUGAAAUUGCUCACUCUCUCCACUUCUGAUCCCUCUAUGAUGACGGGUGUGUGUUCCUUCACCUUACCCUUUCUAAAGUCUACAAUCAGCUCUUUGGUCUGACUGACUAAAAUAAGAGAGAAAGAUGAGGUGAAGGAAGCAGCUACAGCCAACGUGAGAAUUGAGAGAGCUGGGGAAGCAGGCAGUGUGAGGGAAGGAGAAAGUCACAGUAUGAAGUGAGUACUGCAGAGGUCAAGUGAAACACAGCAAGUAACUGGGAAAAACAAGAUGGAAAGAUUCAAGUGAGCAAUUAGUUUGAAUGUGAAGCUGGAUCACUACCAAAAUGAACAUGCACGGGCAUGCUAAGUAUUGCACAAGCACCAAGCUUCGCUGUAAGCUAUUCACAAACGGGCUCUGUUAAGUAACUACUUGAUUACAAUUGAUAAAUUGGCAGAUGAAAGGACCAUGAAAUUUAGGGUAUUAGCUGUAGAUGGAUUUUUUUCAAAAAUAUACUUUAUUCAUAAAAUACUGUAUGACAAAGUGGUAUCAUCUUUCAAAACAUCACACAAAUCUGUUGACAGAGAAUUAUAUCAAUUGUUCUUGCACACAUUUCAGGAAUGGUGAGCUGAACAAUUUUCCACAUGGGUUUUACUGCUUCCCAACUGAGCCUUUGUGGUGGCUACCCUGAACUUCAGUGAGUAAUUCUGACCUGAGAAUGUGCCAGUUUGCAAACUCUGGGCUUGGACACUUCCUUACAAAGGAAAAUCACCAGGUUCCAGAUUGACCAGUGGGUCAAUACAAUGGAUUCAAAGGUUGCAUUCUUUGAUAUGUGCAUUGUUUACAGUAUUAUGGGAUGCGGAAAUAAGAUAAAAAUUGACCUGUUUUUGCAGGACAAUGGCUCAUUCCCCUCUGUAGGCAGCAAUUGCAAAAAUGGUCCCACAAGAGCGAUGAUUUCUUAUCGAUAUAUAAGACAUUGGUCAGACCCCACCUGGAAUUCUGUACUCAGUUCUGGUCACCUCACGACAGGAAGGAUGUGGAUACUAAAGAGAAAGUGCAGAGAAGAUUUACAAGGAUGUUGCCUGGAUUGGAGGGCAUAUCUUAUGAGAAUAGGUUGAGUGAACUUGGCCUUUUCUCCUUGGAGCGACAGAGUAUGAGAGGUGACCUGACAGAGGUAUAUAAGAUGAUGAGAGGUAUUGAUUGUGUGGAUAGUCAGAGGAUGCUUCCCAGGGCUGAAAUGGCUAACAUGAGGGGACAUAGUUUUAAGAUGCUUAGAAAUAGAUACCAAGGGGAUGUCAGGGGUAAGUAUUUUACACAGAGAGUGGUGGUGGAAACAGAUACAGUAGGGUCUUUUUAAGAGCCUCUUAGGUAGUUACAUGGAGCAUAGAAAAAUAGAGGGCUAUGUGCUAGGGAAAUCCUAGGCAAUCUGUAGAGUAGGUUACAUGGUCGGCACAACAUUGUGGGCCGAAGGGCCUGUAAUGUGCUGUAAAUUUCUAUGUUCUAGCUCCAGCUUGGGUAUUCUAUUGUGGGAAGGCAACUUUGCCAUGACUGUUCAAGAAGGUUUAGUAGCAGUCUCCUUGUAGCAGACAUAGUAAACUAAAGCUGCACUCCAGUUCAGUGCAUGGGGUUCAAUCGACUCAGUGCACACAGUGCCACACUUCUAGCUGCCUGCAUGUCUAGAUCCAUGAGGAAGGGCACCGUCACUUCAUCUACAGGCAUAAGGAAGGCAAGAAAGCAUUACAAAGUUGGUGACUUAGCAAACAGCUUAACGGUAAUUACAGGGUUCUGUAUAAUGUAUUUGCCAAUCAAGUCAAAUCUUUUCUGACAAUAGUAAUUUUGCACUGUGGUGUAGUGAGAUGGCAUGGUAGUGUAGAGGUUAGCACAAUGCUUCAUAGUAUAGGUAAUCCGGGAUCAAUUCUUGCCACUCCCUCUAAGGAGUUUAUACGAUUUCCCCGUGACCCCAUGGGUCUCCUCGGUGCUCCAGUUUCCUCUCACAGUCAUAUCUGUUGGUAGGAUAAUUGGUCAUUGUAAAUUGUCCCAUGAUUAGGCUAGGAUUAAAUCGGGGGUUGCUGGGCAGUGUGGCUCAAAGGGCUGGAAGGGCCUAUUUCGUACUGUCUGUAUGUAUGUAUCAAUAAUUCAAUAAAUAAAUAACCCACCAGACCCCAUGUGGUGCAGGAAGUUCUCUGACAGCCUUUAGUUGAUCAGGAAUACAGUCUGUAUUUAAUGCUUGCCUAAUCAACUUGGACCAAACGAAGCAUUUGGGAGUUAGAUCUGGGUGUAAGAUGAGUGAAAAUCCCAGCAAGUGGUGACACGGGAACUAAAGUCGCCCUGGGUGUGGAUGAUAAUGUGCCCAGGUCUUCUGUCAGUCCACAGAUUGAUUAGAAUCUGUAGCCAGUUUGACCUGGCCUUGGGGAGCAUAGUUAAUCAUAGCAGGAGUGAAGCCAUGCUCUCUGCAGCUUGUCUAACUCAUUCUUUGAUUCCUCUACCAUCAGGUGUAAUUGCCUGAAGGUACUGGGAAUGGGGUUUUGAGGAAUCAAGUUAUGUAACGUGGAGUAUGAAGGUGAAGCAGAGGCUGGACUGUGGGACUCCUCUCUCCUCUCAAUUGCAGGUGCAGAUAUGAAGUGCUCUGGGUGUUUCAGUGUAUGGUGCAAGUGUGGUGCACACACAGCUCUUGUGCUGCUGUGGUCACUCCAGCCAUCUUCCUUGUUAAAUGGUCAUCAAAUUAGAUCAGGUUUGCCAAAACACCAAAGAAUGUGGGAAAUAAAUAGCCUUCAUCUUGAUAGCUAGGUACAUAGAUGGUAGGGGUAUGGAGGGCUAUGGUCCCGAUGCAGAUUGAUGGGAAUGGGCAGUUUAAAUGGCUCAACAUGGACUAGAUGAGCCAAAAAUGACUCUAUUUACCCAUAUCUUUUCAAAGUUCUUCUUAAAAUGAAUCCUUUUGUUGAAUCUCUCAACAUCUAAUAUGUUGUUGUGAUUUAGUGCCUUUUUUUGUUGUUGUUGUUAACAGUCUCUCCCAGAGUUACUCAUGAUGUUUUAUUUUCAUUCAUGCAAAGUGUCUGUGGCUAGUGAGGCCAGCGUUUUACACCAUGACUAAUCCAGCUUGAGCAGAAUUGUGCUUUGGCCACAUCAGAGCUUGAUGGACAGUGCACAAGUGGUACAGAGCUGCCAAAUGGGCCACACUAGCAAAUGUUCUUCCUUAAACAGCAUUCCUGAAGCAGUUAGGAUUUAUCAUUCCGUAAUUUCACGGUUAGAAUUAUGGUGUCACUUUUUUAAAAUUCCAAAUUUAAUUAGGCUUCUGUGAUAUGAUGUUAACUUCUGUCUCCGAAUGACUAUCUGAGGCCCUGGAUUUCCAGUUCACUAUAUUGCCUUACUCCACUAUGUUAAUAUGCUCUAUAAUGCCAAGUUUCCUGUAAUGAAUUAUCACCACCACUUACAGAUGCCUGAUAGAGUGUUUAAUGAACCUCAGGGUAACUUAAUAGAGAUUCAGUACAAAUCAAGCUGCCAUUGUAAAAUAACCAUGCCCUGGCUGCCGUCUUACACAUCAUAAAGAAGUCAGCAGAAGUUGAUUGGGUUCUUGUGCAUCGUGCUGUGUAAGUGAAGUGGUGAAUGUAAAAAGUAAGGGAUUCUGCAGACGCUGGAAAUCUUGAGCAACACACACAAAAUGCUGGAGGAACUCAAUCAGCCCCCACAUUCCUGUGUCCCCUCCUCUCAACUCUCUCUUCUUGUCCCACACCCCCUCUAGAUCCCACCUUCUUCCCUGUAACCUACAGUCCAUUGUCCUCUCCUAUCAAAUUCUUUCUUCUUUAGCCCUUCACCUCUUCCACCUGUCACAUCCAAGCGUCUCACAUCCUUCCCUUUCAUUCCCAUUCCCCACACACUUACCUUCUCCUUUCACCUGGACUCACCUGACACCUCCAGGUUUCUCACAUCAUCCGCUUUCAUCCCCAUUCCACAUGCACCUACCUUAUCCGCCCCCCCCCCCCAGCUGGACUCACCUGUAACCUGCCAGCUUGUGCUCCUCCCCCUACAUUUAUUCUGGCCUCUACCCUUCUUCAGUCCUGGAGAAGGGUCACGGCGCAAAAUGUCGGUUGUUCAUUUCCCUCUAUAGAUGCUGCUUGACAUGCUGAGUUCCUCCCACAUUUUGUAUGUUGUUUCUGUGUGUUCUAUUUUACUUGGUUAGCCCACAUGGUUUCACCGUUACUUAUCCCCAGCCAUUAACCAACAUGGCUUCUCUGCAGUGUGUAUCCAUAUCCAGAUCGUCGUUCUGUAUUUGCAAACUCACCUCUCCCUUUUCAUCUCCUUUGUUUUUCCUCUCCCCCUCUCCCCCUCUCCGCCACCCACCUCUUCCCCCUGCCACACACUCUUCUUAUCUGUUACCAACCCUUUCCUUUUCUAAACCAGGGUGGGGCUAUAGUCACCUGUUAUUUUAUCUCCUUUUCUUUUGUGUUAUUCCUUGCCAUCAUAUUGCCGGAACUGAGUUACUGAGUGCCGGUAGAUAACUUGCUAACUAGCUUAUAUAGCAGAGGGGAAGAAGCUGUUCCUGAAUCAAUGAGUGUGUGCGUUCAGGCUCCUGUACCUCCUCCCUGAUGGUAACAAUGAGAAGAGGCCAUUAUCUGAGCAAUGGGGACGCCAUCUUUUUGAGGCACCGUUCCUUGAAAAUGUCCUGGAUACUAUGGAGACUAGUGCCCAUGAUGGAGCUAACUAAUUUUACAUCUCUCAGCAGUUUAUUUCAAUCCUGUGCAGUAGCCCCCCACCCCUACACCAUACCGGGUGGUGAUGCAGCCAAUUAGAAUGCUCUCCACAGUACAUCUAUAGAAAUUUUUAAGUGCUCUUGGUGACAUACUAAAUCUUCUCAGUCAUAAAUAUAGCUGUUGUUAUGCCUUCUUCAUAGGUGUAUCAAUAUGUUGGGACCCGGUUAGAUCCUCAGAGCUAUUGACACUCAGGAACUUGAAAUUGCUCACUCUCUCCACUUCUGAUCCGUCACUGAGGACUGGUGUGUGUUCCGUUGUCUUACCCUUUCUGAAGUCCCCAAUCAGCUCUUUCAUUUUACUGACACUGAGUGCCAGGUUGUUGCCGUGACACCACUUAACUAGCUGAUAUAUCUCGCUCUUGUACCCUUUCAUCACACAGUGGUCUUGUGUUGGAACAUGUGCAGUGGGUCAGAAGGGAAAUGAAUCAGGAACGCAGACUUUUCCUUUUAAGGCAUGGCUCUUUCCUAGGAGAACAUUAGGCUUCUCCAUUGCCUUUACUGUUCCUUGAAAGCUCGUCCAGUUUUAUGACUAAUUUUUCUGUUGGGUGACAGCAGGACUGAUUCUGUUCAUUGGUAAUUUGUAUUUCCAUGGCCCAUAAAUUAUGGAGAAAACCCAUGUGGUCGAUCUGCAUUGACUGGAUAAGAGGACUUAGCUGGAUAUCAGCUCUCUUUUGGAGUGUUCCAACCUCUACUUGCUGGUAUUGGGCAUCAAAUCCCAUACAUUCUGAAUCCAAGACAGCAAUUGCAUAAAUGACUGAAUAGUCACUUAACGGAGGAUGCAAUUCCAAUGAGCCAAGUUACCAUUUUCUGUCUUUUAAAUAAAAACUGCAUAAUCUGAAAGGCAUUUCAAGACAGUGAAAUGCUUCUGAAGGGUAAUUAUUGAUAUAAUGCUGGAAACUCAGCUGUGCAUUUGAGCUUGCAACAUUCCAAGAAUUUGGUCUCCUAUUUCGGAUUUCACUGUGUUCCAAGCAGCACUCUGCCACGGAAAAUAUGCUCUGGUUUAGUGAUGGUAAAUGCAUUUGCUGCUGUCAAUAGGCCUCAAAUCCUAUCCAGAGACUUGAGCCUGUAUUCCAGACCAAUGCUUGAGAUAAGUAAUCAGAUAGUGUUGCCCUGCUGUAGAUUUGAAUAAGAUAAUUACUCUGGAAUUGAUAUUGGUUUAUUAUUGUCACAUGUACUUAGAUUCAGUGAGAAGUAUUUUGUUUGUGUGUCAUCCAGACUGAUCAUUCCCUACAUUGAGGUAGCAAAAAGUAAAACAGAAUGCAGAAUAUAGUAAACAUGAGAAAGUUUGCAGAUGCUGGAAAUCCAGAGUAACAGAUGCAAAAUGCUACAGGAACUCAGCAGGUCAGGAGCAAAUAUGAACAAGUUAGGAUAUAAACACCUACAAUGGUUGUUACAUAGGCUUACAUACAACAUUUUGGACCAGAAGAAGUGUUCAGAAGAGAUAUAUGGAAACUAUUACUAAUCCACUAUUAUUACUAUUUUUCUUAAUAAUUAAUACCAUUACUUAGCCUAAUAGAUUAGAAUUUCCACUGUACAUAAUUAUCUAUUUAAGUGUCUAAUUUCUUUUUAUAUCAUCUCAAUGUGUACUUAAGAAUGUAUAAAUAAUUAGUUUUAUACAUAUAAAAAAAUGGAAAAGGUUAUACAUGUGAAAAAAGUACAUGAUACUUAUGAAUUCCUUAUCCAAAUAAAAAUAAAAUUUAAAAAAAAGGAACUCAGCAGGUCAGGCAGCAUCUAUGGAAAUGAAUAAGCUGCCAACUUUCUGGUAUUUUUGAAGCACAAAUUAUUUGUAUUCUAUUUGGAUACGGCAGGGCCAGCUCAAAUGAUAGGUGCCGUGCUUAAGCAAUUGGUGUACAAUUCUGAGAAGCCUUGUGGUUCUUCGCCAGAAUGCUUCUGCAUUGCACCAGAUAAAGAUAGGAGUCCCAAGAAGCAGAAAUAGAGGGUGAACUGGAAAAAAGGGAUGGGCUAUUCCUAGAAGGAGAUUUGACUGUUGAGAAGCCCCCAGUCAACGUCAUUAUGAUCAGAAUGAACAGGCAAAUUUGACUGUUGAAAACCACCACUCUACAUCAUUAUGAUCAGAAUGAACAGGCAGCAAUGCGGAAGGAGUAACUUAAGGGAGCAGUAAGAGAUAAAGGUGCACUACUGCUAAAUUUUCAGUUUAGGUACAUAGAAUUCCACCAAAUACUCUCAGGACAGGGAUGGCACAGCCCAGAUACAAUUAAAACUUCAAUAUGCCCCUCAAAUAUGGAAGAGAAGUUUUUAAGGUAGUACCUUUCAACAUUUGAUAAGGUUGGUCAAGAAGAUUUAGUUGCUUGGCAUUCAAGAUGAAGUAGUAAAUUUAGUCAGACAUUGGCUUUAUGGGAGAAGGCAGAGAGCAGUAGUAGAUGGUCCCUCCUCUGACUGGAGGCCUGUGAUUAGUGGAGUGCCACAUGGAUCAGUGCUGGGUCUGUUGUUGCAUGUCAACUGUAUCAAUGAUCUGGAUGAUAAUGUGGUUAACUGGAUAGGCAAAUUUGCGAAUGACACCAAGAUUGCAGAUGUAGUGGACAGCAAGGAAGGGAUCUAGGAAUACAAGUCCAUAAUUCGUAGAUAGGAUCGUAAAGAAAGCUUUUGGCAUAUUUGCCUUCGUAAAUCAAAGUAUUGAGUACAGGAGAUGGGAUGCUAUGUUGAAGUUGUAUAAAACGUUGGUGAGGCCUAAUUUGGAAUAUUGUGUGCAAUUUCAGUCACCUACCUCCAGGUAAAAUGUAAUAAGCUUGAAAGAGUACGGAGAAAAUUUACAAGGAUGCUGCCGGGUCUAGAGCACCUGAGUUUUAAGGUAAAUUUGAAUAGGUUAGGACUUUAUUCCUUGGAAAGUAGAAAAUUGAGAGGAGAUUUGAUAGAGGUAUAGAAAAUUAUGAGGGUUAUAGACGG